UCUGAUCUGACGCACUUGCUGCCACCGGAAAGAGGCGGUGCCACGGCCAGCGAGCAGGGAGUUGAUGGAGGGGAAAUAAUAUGCGGAAUCAUAGGGCAGUUUUCCACGGAUGCCAGUUAGCGCUGCUGUCGGUCGGAGGGGCUUAGGCAAAGUCGCGGAAACAGCGCAACUGCUAUCGCAGCUUCUGACUUUGUGUCCCGGUGAGAGAGUGACUGCUCGGCUUUCCCACUCACAACCCCACGCCCAAAGCUUCAGGACGUGGCGCUUGGGCACAGCUGGCCGGGAGCUGUCUUUGCGUGGGAUUCCCUACUCACAUAGCGCUGUAUUCUUUAUUUCAAGGGCCGCAUUGUGACCAUAAUGUCAGCCGGCUCCGGUGGUGAUGGAGGGUUGGAGUCCUCCCUGGAAGCAAGUAUAAGCAGCUCUUGUUCGUUUGGUGUCUCCCGGGCCAGGAUUUUUAAGAUCAUUGUGAUUGGGGACUCAAAUGUUGGAAAAACUUGUCUGACUUACCGAUUUUGCACCUGCUGCUUUCCGGAAAGGACAGAAGCUACAAUAGGGGUGGACUUUCGAGAAAGGACUGUGGAUAUAGAUGGGGAAAGGAUCAAGAUUCAGCUGUGGGACACUGCAGGACAGGAACGUUUCCGUAAGAGUAUGGUGCAGCAUUACUACAGGAAUGUGCAUGCUGUAGUCUUUGUAUAUGAUAUCACCAAUAUGGCCAGUUUUCAGAGUUUACCUGCCUGGAUUGAGGAGUGCAAACAGCACUUAAUAUCCAAUGAUGUGCCUCGUAUUUUGGUUGGUAAUAAAUGUGACUUGCGAGGGUCUAUCCAGGUUCCCACGGAUAUGGCUCAGAAGUUUGCUGACUCACACAGCAUGCCAAUGUUUGAAACUUCAGCCAAGAACACAAAUGACCACGUGGAAGCCAUCUUCAUGACGCUGGCCCACAAACUCAAGAGCCACAAGCCACUAAUUUUGAGCCAGCCUCCUGAUAAUAUGGUGGAGUUGAAUUCAGGUCCAAAGACUUUGUUUCCAUGUGGCUGCUAGGAUUUAUUAUUUUUAUAAGAUUUAUCACCAAAACUGAACUACAUUAGAACUUUAGACUGGACUACAGGUUGCAGUUGUUUGGAGGUUGCAUGGAUUCUCUGAUAAUAUGACCUAGGCCUUUAAAGUCAUGGGAAUUUUCAUAUCUGCAUGAUUUUAUUUUUAGGAUUGCUACCUCGUCAGCAUCUGUGCACCAAAUUGCUUGCAUUCUACAUCUGAUAACUCAGCAUUGUGUAAUAAUUUAUACUAGGAUGCAGAUUUGCCCUGUGCUAAAAGGUUUUGCUUACUCAGAGACCCUAAUUUUAAUAAUUAAAGAAAAGGAAGUAAUUAUGCAUUUGAGCUAUGCUAUCUUCAUAUGGCUUUCAAACAACUUGAUCAUUUCAACAUUGAUUUUUAUAACUGGAGCUUCAUGAUGAUAUAUGUGCUGAUUGUUAGAUCUUCCUUUUGUUGUGUUUACUGCUUUUAGUUUUUGCUUGUACACAAUAACGCCAUAUGUGUGUAAAACUGACUGCUUUACCUUAUUAGAUUAAUCAGUGCAUUAACGGGCAGUAUCUUGUUUUUACAUAAAACAUCCUUCGUGCAUAGACAUCCUUAAUGUUUUAAGGCCAAGUAUUAAAGCAGCAGUGUCUAGAUAUGCAGCUAUGGAUAAUCUACAUUUCCAGCAUCUCUAUGCCACCACUGAUGGUGGAAGAUUUAUGGAGGUUGUAGUUCAGCCAUAGCUGUGGUUCUAUACAGUAACUAUUCAUCAAUCAAGUGUAGACAUAGAUUGUAAUGUAAAUGAAUUGAGAGUAAAUUAAUUGAGAUGCUAUAGAAGCCAAUAUUCAGACUUAGUUAACCUAGGGCAGUGGUGGUUCUUAAUCCUGUACUUUGGAUAGUCCCAAAGCUCCACACAUGGAUCCACAUAUAAUAUGUAUGAAAACCUGUUUUAAGAGGGGGUGGGGCAAAGUCUGGGGAUGGGCCCAAUAAUUUUCCUUCUAAUGCAUUUUUACCUUUUUUUAAACUCAAAUGUACCUGCUGCCUUGCUUACUAGAAAUUUGUAUUGGCUUCUAUACAUUUAAAUAGUGAUCAGCCUAGCAGUAUGGCAGUAUUACCGCUGCCUGGGUGAUACAUGGGUUGGCAGUCUUUGAUCCAGCAUAUGUUGCACUUGUGCAUUCUCAUACUAAUAUACUACAUCUAACUCUUUUCCCUCUUUGUUACUAUUCAGAUCAGUUUUAUUUUCUGUUCAUAAAUGUGUAGGGGCCUGAGUAUUCUGGUGCUGGGCUGAUUCAUGUUAUGUUUUAGGAGAUUUUAACAAGAAGUUUGCUGGUGUUUUUUAUUUUGCCUUAGAAUCAGAAUCAAGGUCUAGUCAAGGAUAUUGGUAUGUUAACAGGGCCUGGCCAUUCAGAGCAUUAUAAUAUUAUAACACAAUCAUUAUGAGAACCAACAACAAAUUGGAGCAUUUUUUAAUUGUCAUUUAUCAUGCUUCCAAAAAUGUUACCUUUGUUUUUCUAUCUUUUUUUUUUGCGGGGGGGGGGUCUAUUGUAAACAUAAGUGGGGUUUAUAUUGAUGUAUUGAUAUUAAAGCUCUAGCUCAAUGCUGCCUCAAAAUGAACUGUUUAUCCAUAAAUGAAUGAAACAACAA